AUGGGGUACCUUGGCUGCUACACGGAUAGGAACGACAGGGUAUUUUCGGGUCCGAUGACUUCUAGCGCCGACAACAGUCCAGAGACCUGCAAGGCCGCCUGCGAAGGUUACGCAUUCUACGGACUCCAGUACGGCAAGCAGUGCUUCUGUGGUGCCUCGGACGAAGACUUCACCCGUCACGGCGAGUCCCAGGAGUGCCUUCUCCGCUGCACCGGAGACAGAAAGUCCAUUUGCGGUGGCGUUUGGGCAAUGAAUGUGUACGUCAUGGACGGUUACGAGAGCUCCACCAACAGUGGCACGAGCUCCAGCUCAGGGUAUUCCAGCAUCUCAGUGGGUGUGUAA